AUGUCGCAGAUCGAGGGCCGGAAUGAGGGCAGCACUCAACUGGAACACGAUGCAGCGGCAGCUCGACAGAGACGGAGAAUCGCUCAAUUAGAGGAAAAGUUGGAGGCUCUCGAGUCAGGGCGCGCAGCCAAAAAUAAGCAAACAAACUACUUUGUGGCUCGAGGAAGAGCGAUCAGACGCGUUGUCACACUGUUCGAUAAUAUCGAAGACCUCGUCAAUGAAAACGACAGAAGAUGCGAGACUGAUGACCAGGACCAUACUCUUGAUCAAGAUCGACUGCAGAUAGGGUACGGCACCCUAACGAGAACCUUACCGUGGUUUCAUAAGAAAGGCUCGGAAACGCAGUACGACGAGUACUUACAUAUGUUGAAGAUGCUUUGGCAAGGGGCCGAUAGCGCCCGAGGAGACGAUACCUCAAAGCUUAAGAAUCUCGUUGCGGAAUGGGUUAAUCGUGAUUUCAAGCCGACCCACCCUGUUGACCCCGACGAUAAACAUUCUCGUGGAUUUACCCAUGAUGUAUGUGGCAAGUUGCUCUGCCCGGCUGAGCUUGAUUGGAACAACCUAGAUGUAAGGACAGGGAUCCGAGAUCGUUCAGAGGGCCACGUUGUGACAGAUCUCUCUUUUCCGGCAUUCCUAUACGACAAAUACACCACGGAUCCAAACGAUCUAGAGGAGGGCCUUUUCAAAGGCAAAAUUCUCAUUCAGGGCUACAAAGCUGUUUUCACGUCGCCCUCUUCAGCAAAGGACGUUGCAGGCGAUGGUGACGGCGCAGAUGUCAUCAGGGACAACACACGCGCCAAGAAGUCUUGCGCCGGAAUGAAGGUCAAGAAACAUGUGCGAUUCGCACUUUCUUCUGUAACCUCAUGGCGGUCCAUUGAUGGUGACUUUGACUAUGUGCAAUUCUGGCGGACCAUCGUAGAUUUCUUUGAAAAAGCCCCUGGUCGAGAAGCGCAGCGUAGGGUGAACAAACUCCUUGAGUGGUGGACUCGGAAAAUUUUCGGAAGGAAUCAUCGGGAUGGCCUCAGUGACACAGCGAAAGCUAAUAUGUCCGUCAACACGCUCACAAGACAGAGGGCACAACGUGAUGAUGCCGCUUUUGAUUCGCCCUAG